UCGUGGCAGCAGUGGCGGCAGGCUGGUCGAACUCGCGGCAAGUCGGCGGCGGCGGCGGCGCGGAGGAGCAGGGGGCGGCGGCGGCGGCGGCGGCGGAGGGGGCGCAGGGUGCAUCCGCCGGCCGCGGCUAGGAGAGCAGGAGGGCGGCAUCAUCGCGCAGCAGCGGCGGGUUGACGAGCGCAGGCGGCUGCUGGAGGCUUCGGCAGCGGGGCGCUGCUCGUCGCUCGCGCGUGAUGAGCCUGGAGACGCUGCUCGAAGCCGCUCGCUAUGUCGAGCUCCAGGAGAAGAGGAAGGCCAAGCAGCAGGCCGCCCUGGCCGCCGCCGCGGCAGCGCAGGCCGCGGCCCAGGCGGCCGCCCAGCAGGCGGCGCAACAGGCGGCCGCCCAGCAGCAGCAGCAGCAGCAGCAGGCCGCCGCUGCCAGCGCGCACUCGCAGCUCGCCGCCAACGGCACGGCUGCCGGCAGCGUUGCCGCCAGUGCUGCCGCCCUCCACCAGCACAACCGCCUCGGCUCCAGCGAACCACGUGGCGCCAAAUUGAAGAGAGAGCGUGCGGAGCAGGAUGAUCUCUUUUGCGAGGAGAAGAUGCUCAUUAUUGACGAGGAGGAGCCACUGGAGGCUACGAACAACAGGGCGAACGGCAAUCUGCACCACCUGCAGCAGCAGCAAACGUUGAUACGCGCGAGUCCUGCGAUUGGUUCGCCACCGUCGGCCAACUUUGUCGUUGCAUCGGCGACGAUACAGCAACACCAACCGCAGCAGUCAGUGCCGCAAGAGGCUCAGCUCAAUCAUUAUCUCGAUAAUCAGAAAACUGGCGGCGGCGCUGGCGGCACACUUAUCGCCGACGUCGAGGGCGUGCACAGCGACAGCAAGAAGCCUCGCAAUGGGCCGUGCGUGAUACGCUCGGGCACGCGGGAAGUGCACAACAAACUGGAAAAGAACCGGCGGGCGCACCUCAAGGAAUGCUUCGAGCUGCUAAAGAAGCAGCUGCCGUCGCAAGAUGAGAAGAAGUCGUCUAACCUGUCUAUACUGCACGCGGCCAUACGACACAUACAGGCACUGAGGAAGAAGGAGAGGGAUUUCGAGCACGAAAUGGAGAGACUAGCCAGGGAGAAGAUAACUGCUCAGCAGAAACUAGUGUCCCUCAAGAAGGAAUUCUCCAAUUGGGAUCAUCUCGACUUGGGCGCUAUGAUCUCGGAUCACAAUUCCUCGUUGGAGAGCAAUCAACUGAAAAGCGCUUGCGAGAGCAUGGAGGUGGAUUCACCGAGCGGAGGUUUGGCACGCACCGGCACCCGUUACAGUAGCACGAGCAGCCUGGGCAGCGCGACAACGGCGAGUUCGCCCCAACACCAUCAGAGCCAGGCCUCCAACGGCAAUCACAACUCCAACUCGAACGGAGCGAGCUCCAACAUUCAAAGCCAAAUGGCCACGGCAGCCGUUGUCUGCCAGACUCAGGGCCUGAAUCUCGCUCACAACUCCAGGGACAGUCCGCCGACGAGCUCGAGUCCUGGCGCAUCUACGCCCAGCAUUCCCACGCCUGCUCAGGAAAAAGUUACUAUAACGCCUACGUUAGUGCAACCGUCGCAAGCACAGAGCGCCCCUCAGAGUCAGCAGCCAACGCAACUGCACCUGCCGAUAAGCGCACAGAUGCUAAACACGAGCCAGGGCUUGGCAACAAUAGUGCCGGCGUUACAACACCUUGGUCAAGGUCUCAGGGUGAUACCCGGUGACGGACGACAACUUAUUGCCGUACAGUCAAACGGCACCGUAACUACUGGCGCCAAUGGUGAAGCCAGGCCAGUUGCUCUUGUCGUGCACUCGACCGAGGCUAACAGUGACAAUCGUGUGACCUUCGUGCACUCGACCGGUGCCGAGAGUCGGCAGCUUGCACUGGCAGUCCAGUCGUCGGGCAACGAGGUUAGGCCAAUUGUGCUUACUACUCCUGCCCUCAACGUUACUUCUGCUACGAACAGAUUAAGAACCGGUGAUGCUGCGCAGACCACUCACAAAAUGAUCGGCGGUAUUGCAUCGGUCGGGAGUCCUGGCUGCGAGUUAGCGAGACUACCGGGUGGCGCCGAGCUCAAUAUUCUCCCAGCCAACGGCCAGAUAUUUCGAUCUGUCAAAGCUCCGAUAGCCGUUCAAGGAGGUUUAACUUUGAGUCACGCAGGCGUGUCUAUUCAAACCACUACAAAACCAAGUACAGCUGCGCAGACGACCAACGUCCAACAGCAGCAACAGCAAAGUGGAAGCAAUGGUACCUCUCCGUCUUUAGGCCAGCAUGAAGGCAUAGCUGCGAGUUGUCAUCUCGUAGCACCAGGUCAUCAAUCCCUUGCCGGAUUGACGUCAAUUGUCGGUCCAAUGGCGGCGGUGGUAUCGCAGGGUAAUACUCAAGGCCAAACGAUGAUCAUCGCGUCUCCUUCUCUCGCUGGUAAAAUGAUCAGCACGAACAUACUCAAAAACGUAGCUCCGAUCACUGUGAACGCCCAGUACCUUAACAAUCUCGUGAAACCCGUGAUGGUCGUCAGUGCCAAUCAUCAGCAAAGCCAGCAACAACCCCAAACGACCAGUGCCAACAGCACUGCAGCCGUGAGUUCUCAAUCAGCUGUCUGACAGGUCAGCAACUCUCAGCAACUCGAAACCGUUUAAAGUGCAAGAGCAAUGACCAAGAUGAAGCCACGUUGAGAUGACCGGUUCGGUUAGGUUUGACGUUGUGAACGUGUCAGAAUCACGCGCGAGUUACAACAAAACAAAUGGCUCGUGAGUAACGAAAACUGACAAGUGCGACUAAAUUAAAGAAGCACUUUGAUUUUUUUAAAACUACUACCUUUGCUAGUAGAUGUCUUUUCACCAAACUCUAUACUUAAGAUCUUUAUGGCACCAAAAUUUAUUUUCCUGAAGUUCAUUAUUUUAACACCACUGAGUCUUCAACAACUAUUUUUGCAGUAAUAUCGUUCUCGUUAAAAUGACAUUUCCAGGACUUCUAGAAAAUUUUAAUUCCAUCAAUAAUGUUUGGUCCUGAGUAUUCAAAAAGAUAGCUUUAUUGUGUAAAUAUAUUUUCUUUUUACGGAAGAGGUAUAUCCUUCAUAAUCAUGAUGAUCCAUAUAAAUUGAAUAGUUUUUUUUCCGCCAUAAAAUGGCGUAUUUCGAUAUAAAAUUUAUCGACAUUGUGAAAACCUUUUGUUUAAAAAACAAAUUAGAAGUUUUUACCACUGUCGAAUUCUAUUUAUUACAGAAAAAAAACAAUUUUAAGCAUAAUAGCGUAGCUGCUACUGCUACUGCUGGCCCGCACUUCUGUUGACAAAUCGGAAUGAUAUAUAUAAUAGAUAUAUCUACAUAUCUUAUUUGUUAUCGGAAAGACUGCUUCGAUUGAUGUGAUAUAUAUAUAUAUAUAUAUAUAGACAUAUAUAUAUGACACAUACGUACGCGCGCGCGCGCGCGCGCCCACACAUACACACACACACAUACACACACACACACACACACACACACACACACACACACACAACACACAGAGUGAACAAAAAUGAUGUAAAAAAUAGAAAUUAUCAAAAAACAUUUUUGCACGUACAUUAUCCUAAUCUAUUACAGAAAAUGAUCAAUAAUAUGGGUAACGGCAAUCGUAUUCAUAUAGCGACAACGAAACAAGUUAAUAACAAUAUUAAGGUUAACCCAAAUAUUUGUUGCUUGAUGAAUAAGCGACAUUGAAUUUUCGUUUCUAUUCUAAGUUAUACGGAAUCAUAAAUGUUUAAAUGUGAGCAACUAUGAUGUAUUCGAAAUCAUUCUUCUAAGUAGAUAAGGCAUUAAACAAAGCAAAUACACAUCUUGGUUAGAAAGUGUCUUUCAAAUAUUAAAAAGUAUAUUUUAUCAUUUUAUGAACAACAUGAACACAUUAUUUUUAUUGUAAAAGCGAUACUUGUUUUUUAAAUUAAAUUGUGCUUCAAUCUAUUUUUUUACUCUAAUAUUUUAAUAAAACAAUCCGUACUGCAAAUUUAGGCAUUUACGAUUAUGAACGUUGUGCCUUAUUUUAAAAAAAUUAUCACCAAUUAAUAAUUGAAAAAAAAUGAAAUGUUUUUAUUGUCUCUUUCUGAUCACGAUGCAUUCUUCUGUUUUUUUAAAUAGAUUUUUAGUUGUUAUCAUUAAUUUUACGCCUUGCGAAAUAAAAAGUUAGUAAAGUGUAAGAGGUAAGCAAACUAAAAACAUUAUUGAUUCGAUCGUGCCGACCCGAGGUUUCUUGAUUAAUUUUCUACUUUUCCCUUGUUAAAUUUAAAAAGAAAAACAAGAGUACUCGGGAUGAAGCAUUUAACUAGGUUGAACGAAUCAAAAAUGAAAUAGAAAUAAGGUAAACGUCAUAAGACAGGGCAGUGGCGGAGGAACUUUUUCUAUUAUUUUUGUACACAUGUACACACGUAAUACACAUAUACACACUUGUAUAAAAGCGUUUACGUCCGCAUAUGAAGCAUGACAUAGUUGUUGAUUUGUAGUCUACUAUGUCACCUUUAGUAAACUAGUAUUAUUAUCAAAUCAUACGUGCACAUUUACACUGUGAUCGUAUGGUCAAAUAAACUCUCUUUGUCAUCGAAACUUCUAUUUAUGCGUCAACUUUAUAAAUUUUCAUUGUUUUCAUAAACUUCAAUGCGCAUAUACUUUCUACAUAAAAUGAGAAUAACGUAAAAUUACUUGUAAGAGUAUUAAACAUGGUGAGAAAACGACUUUUUUAACGAACUAUUCAUCAACAGUGUAAGAAAAAAAAGUAACAAAGUUACAAAGCUUUUCUUAAGCAGAAUAGAAAAACAUUCAUGUCCCUUCUAAAAAUAAUCUUAUCCUUCAAACGUGUCUCAAUCAAUGUAUCGAGUCGAUGUUCGGCUCGCGACGUAGUUCGUAGUUCACUUAUCGAAGAGAAACUUAGAAAAGAUAAAGCAUAAUAAAAGUCGAGGAGUAAGAGUUUGGGGACUGAUAGACUGUAGAAUGGGUGAUUGAUGUUGUAAAAUCUCGGCGAUUAUACAAGACUUGAAUUGCGUGAGUGAUUUAGUGAAAAUGAACCGAGUGAAAAGUUGCGGAAUGAAUGUUUUUAAUCGUAGAUAUUGAAUGAUUGUGUACAAGAGAUGAAAAAUAGAAACGAAAAUGUGAAAUAAAAAACAUAAAAUAAACUGUUGUAAAUAAAAAAAAA